AUGAUGGCAGAGUCCAAAGCGCCCGCAAACGCUAAUUCAAUCACAGUCAAUGGACGCGUGGUUGAGCCACAGGAGCACUACGCUAGAGACGCUGAAGGAACAGACCAUAUCGUCCUCACCCUUUAUGACAACAUUACUCCCGACCAGUAUUCGGAGCUCGAGGAGCUGAAUGUGCACUUCCAAGAAGAUCUGGGCAAUUUUACGUAUCUAUGCCGAUAUGAAACUCCAAAUCUGGCGCCACUCUGCCACCCCGAAUGGGUGCGACAAGUCGUCGUCUACCGCAACAAGUUCAAGAUUCCAGAAGAGCUUUCAAACUUCGUCCGCGCAAUCAAAAACUCAUCAAUGAGCGAUAAUGAUGACGAAAUAUUGAUCAAUAUUAUGCCGCAUCAUGAAUGUUCCGAUUUCGCUGGUCUCCUAGAACUUGCUGCCAAUGUAGGUGCUACAAUUGGGGCAAAUCCGAAUGAUGUUAAAGUCUUGACUGGCAAGGUACAGGUCGAGGUCAAGGCUGCGUUUGUCGAAGAGAUUGCAAGAGACAAGCAUGUUUGGGUUAUUAAACAAGUUAUGGUUCCUUAUUUGGCCGACGAUCAGGCAAAUAAAAUAGCCCUCGGUUCGGUACAAUCCAUGGAUAUACAGAGUUUCCAUGGCGAUAACCAAACCAUUGCUGUCAUUGACACAGGGUUUGACCUUGGUACGCCCAGCGACUGCCACCUUGCUUUCCAGGGUUAUAUUUAA